GCACCGGGCCCAAUCAUGGAUACUUCCAAUUAUGGUGAUAUUUUAUAUGGGGGCAGCAGUAACACAAAUGAAACAAAUGUCAGGGUGAUAGCAAAAGGGUUGCUUAUCUUCUUUGUUGUUGCAUCAUUUAUCCUCCUAGUCAUCAAGUUUUGGCGAUGGCGAACAAAUCUAUCCGAAACCAAUAUUAUAGUCAGAUUUGACGCUGCUAACAUCUUGGAGGACAUGAUGACCUAUGAGAAGCCGGUUAGAUUCACUCCAACACAACUAAGGGCUUUCACCAAUAAUUACUCUACAAUUCUAGGAUCCGGAGGAUUUGGCAAGGUUUACCUUGGAAAACUUCCUAAUGGAGUUCCUUGUGCCGUCAAGGUGCUUCAAAGAAACCUCGACAGUAAAACAGAGGAACAAUUCAAGGCCGAGGUUAUCACUAUAGGUAGGACCUACCAUGUAAACCUCGUAGGCUUGCAUGGGUUUUGCUACGAAAGGACGUCUCAGAGCGCCCUAGUCUACGAGUUCAUGAAGAAUGGAUCGUUGGACAAGUAUUUGUUCCAAGAUAAUAUUAACAAUGUUCAAGUGAUCAAUGGGCCCGGGAUGUCUUGGGAGAGAUUGUAUGGAAUAGCUCUAGGAACUGCCAAGGGGAUGGCCUACUUACACGAAGAAUGUCCGCAAAGGAUCAUCCACUAUGACAUAAAGCCUGCAAACAUACUUCUCGACGACAACUUCUCUCCCAAGGUUGCUGAUUUUGGUCUUGCAAAGUUAUGCAAUAGAGAUCAAACCAACGUGACUAUGACCGGAUACAGAGGCACCCCCGGAUACUCUGCACCCGAGUUUCUCCUCCACAACUUUCCCAUCUCUUACAAGUGCGAUGUUUAUAGCUUUGGAAUGUUGUUAUUCGAGAUAUUGGGGCGAAGGAAGAACACAGAGGUGGGUCAUGACACUAGUAGCUUGGAUUGGUUCCCGAGUUGUGUGUGGGACAAGUAUGAGAAAGGAGAAUUGGAAGAGCUUAUAAUUUCAUGUGGGAUUGAAGAGGCCCAGAGAGAACGUGCUCAGAGGUUGGCCAAUGUGGCUUUGUGGUGCGUCCAGGACUCCCCCCAAGUAAGGCCUAGGAUGAGCGUCGUGGUGAAAAUGCUGGAGGGAGGAGUCGAAAUCUUGCCCCCUCCAAAGCCCUUUGGUUUUAUGUUCUCUGUGAGGGCAAAUGCGAUCAAUUCUUCGAUGAAUAAUGGUUCCAAAAGUAUGACAAUUAGCAGUGGAGAAGAAGAAGAUUCGAAUUGGUAUUAUAGGAACACAAGAGAGACGUCUAUCAAGUUUGAAUCUGAAAUACAAAUAUAUAACGAAGCCAAUCAAGUUUGAAUGUGAAAUACAAAUCGAAAUCAUGUAUGUUGUCAUGU